ACUCAAGUGGAGUGGACUGGCAGACAGUAUGACGCCAAAAUGCAAGACAAGACAACCUGGUCGAUAACAAAGGUAAACAGGCAACGGCCAGCCAAGGAGCAGGGCAACUGAAAAAGCCUCGGUCGUGGGAUUCGAUCGGGAUUGUCGGCUCAGCGCGACCGGGUUCAGAACCAGAUGCAGAUACAGAUAUAGAUACACGUACGCGCAGAUACGGAUUACAGAUACAAGUACAACCGCCCCUGCCGCUGGUUGUGUCCAACUAAUCAUUGUGUGAUUCUGUUUGUUUAUUUGCCCGGCUUUAUGAAGAGACUUUUCGGUAGAAAUUAUUUAUUGUCGCAUGCGUUUAUGUAUCUGCGUAUCCGUAUCCCAGUAUCUCAGUAUCUUGGGGCAACUGUGUAUCUGUGAGCAUAGCCCUUAAAGUGGCACCCAAUCAGCCAGUUAGCUAGAAAUCAAGACGAUUAAAGAUGGAUUCUUCUAGAUCAGCAAAUUUCAACAGUUCGGAAUAACAAAAUCGGAAUUUGGUGCUUCUUAAGCUUUUAUCGACUAUGCAAAACUACAAAACGAGCUAAAAAAUUAAAAACCCCCGAGACGUGUCUUCCUGCACAGCAAAUGAUUCAAUGGAGAGGUAAGUCACCGAGUGGGAGUCCCUGAGCGAAUCGAUCCCAGCCCGCCGCCAUGCUAUAUAAGCUCGGUGAAACCACGAUCUGGCACAACAGUAUCCCUGCUAUCAUCCAACAUGAAGUUCUUCGCUUUCGUGGCCAUCGCUAUUGCUCUGCUUGCUUGCGUGGUGCAGGCUCAACCCGUUUCCGAUGUGGAUCCGACUCCGGAGGAUCACCCACUGGUGCAUGAGGCUGCCCACCAGGAGGUGGUGCAGCACAGCCGCCAGAAACGGGCCACCUGCGACCUACUCUCCAAGUGGAACUGGAACCACACCGCCUGCGCCGGCCACUGUAUUGCCAAGGGUUUCAAAGGCGGUUACUGCAACGACAAGGCCGUCUGUGUUUGCCGCAAUUGAUUUGGCUGAGCUCUGUACUCCACAGACUUUUGACUCUUAAAUGUGUCACAAUUGAAACAGUUUCUGUUAAUAUAUUCAAUAAAUAAAUAUUUUCGAAAUGCUAACGAAUUGGGAACACCUAUAGUAAAUACCAAUACCUAUAGUA